AUGUUAACUAAAAGUCCUAUUCCAAUUGGUACUUCUCAACGAUACGUAUCUCUUCUUUGUCGUCAUGUAUCAUCAAAUUCAAUAAAAAAACAUGAUGAAUAUAAUUAUUUUAAACAAAGUAUUUUAUCAACUGAUCAUUUUCAAUAUAGUUUACCUCGAUUACCAAUACCAAAAUUAGAUAAAACAUGUGAACGUUAUUUAACUGCAAUUAAACCAAUUCUUAAUAAUGAUGAAAAUGCAUUUCAAGAAACUCAAAAAAUUGUUACUGAUUUUCGUACAGGUGAUGGUAAACGGCUUGAUGUUCAAUUACGUCAAAAAAAUCGAUUAAAUCGAAAUACAUCAUAUAUAUCAAAACCAUGGUUUGAAAUGUAUUUAAAAUCACGUUUACCACUUAUAUUAAAUUUUAAUUUUUUUCUUGUUUUAACUGAUGAUCAACAAAAUUUAAAACCAGCAGCACGUUUAACAAAUUAUAUUAUAUCAUCAAUUCGUUUUACGAAUACACUUCGUGCUAAUUGGCUUGAUCCAGAAAUAUUUCAUUUAAAUCCUAAAAAAACUAACACAGAUCAAUUUCGUAAAUAUAUGCGUUAUGUACCAAAACGUAUUGCAUUUUAUGGAGCUGUAUUACAAAAAGCUUUUCCAUUAGAUAUGUCACAAUAUAGUCGUUUAUUUAAUUCAACUCGUAUACCAAAAAUUGAUUGUGAUAUACUUGAAACAAAUUUUGAAAAUGUUCGACAUAUUAUUGUUAUUAAACGUGGUCAUUAUUAUAAAGUAAAUAUAUUAGAUAAACAUGGUCAAAUUUUACCAGCUGAAAAAAUUGCAGAAAUGAUGAAAUAUUUAUGUGAAGAUUUAAAUGAAGAAGAAAAUAAAUAUCCAUUUGGAUAUUUUACGGCUGAUAAUAGAGAUAGAUGGGCAACAAUACAUUCACAAGUUGAAGCACUUUCUCAACAUAAUAAACAUGUAUUUAAAGAAAUUGAUAGUUCAAUUAUGGUUAUAUGUCUUGAUGAAGAUGAUCCAUCAAAAUUAGAUAAAUCUCUUAGUAAACAAAACCGUGCUGAAUAUAUAUCUGGAAAAUAUUUAUGUUAUCAUGCAUCAAAUCGUUGGUAUGAUAAAUCAUUUAAUAUGAUCAUGUUAUCGGAUGGAACAUUAGGUCUUCAUUGUGAACAUUCAUGGGGUGAUGGUGUUGCUUUACUUCGUUUUUGUAAUGAUAUUGAUAAAGAUGCAAAUGAAAAUGGUAAAAUUAAUUCGACAAAUUAUCAAAAAAUAAAUUCAUCAACAAAUGAUUCUAUUGAAAAACUUGAAUUUCAAUUAGAUGAUAAAUUAAAGAAUGAAAUUGAAACAUCAAAACAAAAUUAUAAUGAAUUUGUAUCAAAAUUUAAUGUAAGCAUUUAUCAAGAGCCUAUUCUUGGUAAAAAUUUAUUAAAAAAAGUUUCACUUAGUCCUGAUGCUAUCAUGCAAUUAGUAAUUCAAAUGGCUUAUUAUAAAUUACAUCAUCGAUUUGUAUCAACAUAUGAAUCAUGUUCAACAGCUAUUUAUAAACAUGGUCGAACAGAAACUAUACGACCUGUUACAAAUGAAACAAAACAUUUUAUUGAAACAUUAAAAAAGUCAGAUGAUAAAAAAUUAAAAAAAGAUUUAUUAAAUAAAUGCUCAGAAAAACAUCAACAAUUAAUUAAAGAAGCAGCAACAGGACAAGGUUUUGAUCGACAUUUAUUUGCAUUAAAAUAUUUACAAGAAAUUGAAAAUAAAGAAAAUUUACAUUCGAUUUAUACAGAUAAAUCAUAUAAAUUAAUGAAUCAUACAAUUCUUUCAACAUCAACUGUUGCUUCAAAACAUAUUGCUGCUGGUGGUUUUGGUCCUGUUGUUAAUGAUGGUUUUGGUAUUGGUUAUUUAAUAGAUGAUGAUCAAAGUGGAUUAUUAGUUACUUCAUAUUUACAUAGGGAAUUACCUAGUUUUAUGCAAGCAGCAGAUGAAAGUUUUAGAGAACUAGCAGAUAUUAUUAAAAGUUAA